AUGGGAAAGAAGAAGCGUGGACACCCCGACGUUGAGGAGGUGCUCGCCCGUCCGUGGUGCUACUACUGUGCGAAUCCAUGCGAGCGAGACUUUGAGGACCUCAAACUGCUCAUCUCCCACCAGAAAGCGAAGCAUUUCAAAUGCGACCGAUGCCACAGACGGCUGAACACGGCCGGAGGUCUGUCGGUGCAUCUGAACCAGGUGCACAAGGAGACGCUCCAGCAAGUCGAGAAUUCGCUCCCCAACCGUCAGUCGCUCGAUGUGGAGAUUUUCGGCAUGGAGGGCAUCCCCGCCGACAUCCUUGAGCAGCACCGCAACCGCAUCAUUCAAAACUUCUACCAGGCCCAGGAGACGAGGCGGAUCGCGACGGGCAAUCCGUUGCCGGGUCAAAGCAGUCAAGUGCCGCGCAAGAAGAUCCAGUACGAGACCGAGGCCGAGUUGCUCGCGAGAUUCAGGGAGUGGCGCGUCAAGAGAAAGGCGGAGAGGGAGGCGAUGGCGAGCGGAGUUGUCGAAGGAGCCGUCCCUGGACCUGAGAACGAGCAGGCACAGAAUGCGCAGCACGCACGGCAGCAAGCGUACGAGGCUCCACACGGAUACGUAACGACCAGCACAAUACCUGGGCCUCCCGUGGGGAGCCUGGGACCUCCGCCGGGACUGCCGCAACGACCGGAGGGUGGGCCAUGGCAUGCCGCGCCGGCCGACGACAUUGACAAGAUGAUUCGCAUGGCCGAGGCGGGCGUCAAGCCGGCCGCCCAGACGGAAGAGGGAACGGCCGACGAUGGCAAGAAAGCCAAGAAGGAGAAGAAGGCGCGGCUCUACUACGACGCCGCGGACGUCAGUCCCGAGGAGAAGAUGGCCAUGAUGCCGCGCUACGCCUUGGGCGCCGCGGCUUGA